CCGUUUCUUACGGUGAAAAGUGUAAAAUUUCCAUUUUCUAUAUAUGCAUGGAGGGCAUCAUAAAUAUCAUUACUCCUUUAAGCUAAAAUCCGCUCUACUGAGCAAAAAAAAAGGAGAAAAAUUAUAGUUGGAGAAAGGAUCGAAGGAAACUUGAUGAGGGCAAAAUUCACAAUGGAUAUUAGAUAAUCUGCGAAGAGAUUCAAGGUUUGCUUUGAUUUCUGUUCUCUUUCUGGGAAAGAAGUCCUUACCUUUAGGGAACAAUGUCUAUUGCUACGGUUGCGCUUAGUCCAGUGUAUGAAGAUAAUUUGAAUUUAGCAAGCUGUUUGGCAGGACAAUAUGGUUCCAGGUCGAAUGAUUCGAUCUUGAUUUUUUUGACCGUGGGUGGGUCUGUAAUUCCCUUGCGUGUUAAGGAGUCCGACUCGAUUGCUUCUGUGAAAUUUAAAAUCCAGACAUUCAAAGGUUUCUUUGUGAAGAAGCAGAAGCUUGUCUUUGAUGGAAAGGAGUUGGCUCGGAACAAUUCCUGUGUGCGGGACUAUGGGGUCGCUGAUGGUAACAUUUUGCAUUUGGUUCUUCGGCUAUCUGAUUUACAAGCAAUUACUGUUAGGACAGUGUGUGGUCAGGAGUUUGAGUUCCAUGUCGAUAGAAAAAGAAAUGUUGGUUAUGUGAAACAGCAGAUUGCAAAGAAGGAGAAAGGUUUUCAUGAUCUUAGUAAACAGGAACUAAUACUUGAUGGUGAGGAACUAGAAGAUAAGAGGCUGAUAAAUGAUAUUUGUAAAAGCAAUGAUGCAGUGAUUCACUUGUUGGUGCGUAAAUCAGCUAAAGUACAGGCUGAAGCCGUGCAAAAAGAUUUUGAAGUUUCAGUUGUAGCAUCAGCAUCAAAUGAGAAAGGGUCUGAUGCAGAGAAACUCCAAGAGAGGCUUCAGGCUGUUGCACUCAAUACUGUGCCAAGAAGUUUUAAUUUGGAACCAUUGAUUGUCAAUCCUAAGAUCACACUAUCACCAGUGGUUAAGAAGCUGAUUGGUAGCACUUUCGAUGGGAUAGCCAGGGGUCACCAACCCAUUAGGUCUUCUAAGGGAUCAGGGGGUGCUUAUUUCAUGCUUGAUUCAUGUGCUCAGAAUUAUGUCUCUGUUUUUAAACCAACAGACGAGGAGCCUAUGGCUGUGAAUAAUCCCCAGGGGCUGCCCUUGUCUGUAGAUGGUGAGGGGUUGAAGAAGGGUACACGUGUAGGAGAGGGGGCAUUUAGGGAGGUUGCUGCAUAUAUUUUGGAUCAUCCCAAGUCGGGACCUCGCUCAGCUUGUAGCGAUGAGAAGGGAUUUGCUGGGGUUCCUCCCACAGUUAUGGUCAAGUGUCUCCAUACCGGUUUCAACUAUGCUGAAGGCUGUGAAUAUUCAUCAAAGAGUCUUAAGAUUGGGUCACUGCAGAUGUUCAUGAAGAACUGUGGAAGUUGUGAAGAUAUUGGUCCUCGUGCUUUUCCUGUUGAUGAUGUACACAGGAUUUCGGUGCUGGACAUAAGGUUGGCUAAUGCAGAUAGGCAUGCUGGAAACAUUUUGGUUCAGAAAGAUGACAAGGAUGGUCAGCUUGUGCUUAUUCCAAUUGAUCAUGGCUACUGCUUACCUGAAAAUUUUGAAGAUUGUACAUUUGAUUGGCUCUACUGGCCCCAAGCACAACAACCUUACUCUGCUGAGACAAUUGCAUACAUAAAUUUUCUUGAUACCGAGAAAGACAUUGAACUUCUGAAGUCUCAUGGUUGGACCAUGUCCCUUGCGUGUGCACGUGUACUUCGUAUCUCUACUAUGCUUCUGAAGAAAGGUGCAGAGAGAGGUCUCACGCCUUUUGCGAUUGGAAGAAUCAUGUGCAGGGAAACACUAAAAAAGGAAUCCAUCAUUGAGGAGAUUGUUGAAGAAGCUGAAGAGGGUGUGCUCCCAGGAACCAGUGAGGCAGCAUUCUUGCAGUCUGUAUCGUUCAUCAUAGAUCGACGUCUUGAUGACCUGAUUAAGUAAAAUGUGAAUGAAAGAUGUAAAUUUUGUGCAUAUGUUAAUAAUUACUUGGUUGAAACUUAAAUCUGGGAAGGUGGGAGGUGAAUCAUUAUUAUGGUCCAUGUAUCUCGACGGACGUAGUUAAAUUUGAUGGUGGAUGUCAAUGUGGUGUUCGUAGGGCCUCUAACUUGAAAUGUUUAGGUUUUUGCUAUUGUGGAAAUAUGAUUGUUGGACUCAUGACUAUCCGCAUAGGGAAUUGAACUUGCAGUCCCCUCCACCACUCAUGAUAUGAUGAAUUAAUUUUGACAUCAUGGGUUGGAAGAUAUUGCAACGCAUCUAUGCAUUUAUUUCA